AUGAACAACCCUAUCGCCUUAAGGGUAAAUGCUGCCCUCUUCGAUGUUGAUGGAACAAUAAUCAUCUCACAACCUGCACUAGCAGCGUUUUGGAAACACUUCGGCGAAGAUAAACCUUACUUUGAUGCAGAUUUGGUAACUCAUGCCACUCAUGGUUGGAGAACAUAUGAUGCCAUUGAGAAGUUUGCACCUGACUGGGCUGAUAGAGAGUAUGUAACUCAAUUGGAAGGUGAAAUUCCCACGAAAUUCGGCCAGCAUGCCUUGGAGGUGCCUGGUGCUGUGAAACUCUGUAAUGAAUUCAAUAAAUUACCCAAAGAAAGGUGGGCGGUUGCUACUUCUGGUACUUUUGAGAUGGCUUCUAAAUGGUUUGAAUUGUUAAAAAUUGAGAGACCUACUAAUUUUAUCACGGCAAAUGAUGUGGAGAGAGGGAAGCCCCACCCCGAUCCCUAUUUGAAGGGAAGAAAUGGUCUCGGUUUUCCAAUUAAUGCUACAAAUCCAUCCAAAUCGAAAGUUGUUGUAUUUGAGGAUGCUCCUGCUGGAAUUGAAUCUGGGAAAGCAGCAGGUUGUAAGAUUGUUGGGGUGGCAACUACGUUUGACGAAGAGUUUUUGAAGGAGAAGGGUUGUGAUUUAAUUGUUAGUAAUCAUGAAUCUAUCAAAUUAAAUGGUUAUUAUCCAGAAACGGAUGAAAUCGAAUUAGUAUUCCACGAUUAUUUAUUUGCCAAGGAUGAUUUAUUAGAAUGGUGA